AUGGGAGAGAAAGAGAGAGUUGGUCAGAGAGAUAAAGGAGGAGAGAGAGGAAGGAGACUGAGUCAGAAAGAGGUGGUGCAGGCGUGGGAACGAAGGAGUGGAGAGAAAGAGAUAGACAGAAGUGGGCCACGGAAGGUGGAGAGAGGAGAUAAAUUGAGAAAAAGAGAUAUCGUGCAGGUGAAGGAGGGGAUAGAAAGGGAGAAAGAGAGUGCAGGAGAGGGAGGGAUGGGAGAGAAAGAAAGAGUUAGUCAGGGAGGUAAUGCAGGAAAGCGGAGAGAUAGAGGUGGUUCAAGCGAGGGAGGAGGAGAAAAAGAGAGAGAGACCACGAGAGAAGUAUUGUUGGAAAGGUAG